GGUGCCUCCCCGAGCCCCCGAUCGGCUCGGAUCCCCCGCGCGGGCGACACUUCCUCCCCAGCACAGCCCGGGUCCCUGUUCCGCUAUGUCAUUAUCGGAUCAAUGUCUUUCUCCCUUGGGAAAGGAAGCGCGAGAGGGCCGGGCCCGGUCUCUGCGGCCCCUGCGCGCCGGGCCCGCGGCAGAUGCUCGCAGCGAGUGCACCAGGGUCCGCCGGGGCCGAGGCCCGGCCGCGCAGUGGGUGUGGCGGGCAGGCGGGAGCCCCGCGGCCGCCCGGGGACCCGCGUGGCGCCGGAAGCGGCCAGCAGCUCCCCUCCCUGCCGCGCCCGCUGCCUUAUCUCGGCGACUCCGGGGCAGGAGGAGUCGCGGGUGCGCCGGGAGGGUCGCGGCGACAUGGGCUGGGGGCCCCGGGGCGCGGCGUCCCCGCCUCGCCGCCUGCUGCGGCUCCUGCUGCUGCUCGGCCUGGCCCGCCGCGUGGCCGGAGCGCCGCGCGCCGACGGUUUAGAUGUCUGUGCCACUUGUCAUGAGCAUGCCACAUGCCAGCAAAUAAAUGGGAAGAAGAUCUGCAUUUGCAACUAUGGAUUUGUGGGCAAUGGGAGGACGCAAUGUGUAGAUAAAAAUGAAUGCCAGUUUGGAGCCACUGUGGUCUGUGGGAACCACACAUCUUGCCAUAACACACCAGGGGGCUUCUAUUGCAUUUGCCUAGAAGGAUAUCGAGCCACCACCAACAACAAGACGUUCAUUCCCAAUGACGGCACCUUUUGUACAGACAUAGAUGAGUGUGAGGUUUCUGACCUGUGCAGGCAUGGAGGGCGGUGUGUGAACACUCAUGGAAGCUUUGAAUGUUACUGUAUGGACGGAUACUUGCCAAGGAAUGGGCCUCAACCUUUCCACCCGGCCAGAGAUGCCACAUCAUGCACAGAAAUAGACUGUGGCAGACCUCCUGAGGUUCCAGAUGGCUACAUUGUAGGAAAUUACACCUCUAAGCUGGGCAGCCAAGUUCGUUAUGCUUGUAAAGAAGGAUUUUUCAGUGUCCCAGAAUAUACAGUUUCAAGCUGCACAUUCCUGGGCACAUGGGAGUCCCCCAAAUUAUAUUGCCAAGAGAUUGACUGUGGCAGCCCUCCGGAUGUGCGACACGCCACCUUGGUGGAGAAUCACAGCUCCAGGCUGGGCAGUGUGGCGCACUAUGUCUGUGGAGAGGGCUUUGAGAGCCCUGGAGGAAAGAUCACGUCCGUUUGCACAGAGAAGGGUACCUGGAGAAAAAGCACUUUAGCAUGCACAGAAAAAAUGACAGAAAUUCAUGAUGUCGAGUUGUUUAAUAACACCUGUGUGAAGUGGCAAAUAAACUCAAGAAAAAUAAACUCCAAGAUCGUAUAUGUGGUACACAUAAAAGGACAACGAUUGGACCCGGUGGAAUCAGUUCAUGAAGAGACUGUCAACUUGACCACAGACAGCAGGACCCCAGAAGUCUGCCUAGACCUGUACCAAGGCACUAACUACACUGUCAACAUCUCCACCGCCCCUCCCAGGCGCUCUGAGCCAGCCAUCAUUGGUUUCCAGACAGCUGAAGACGAUCUUUCAGAAGAUGAUGGAAUUUUCAAUAUUUCAAUAUUUAAUGAAACUUGUUUGAAAUUGAACAGGCAUUCUAGGAAAGUUGGAUCAGAACGAACCUACCAAUUUAGAGUUCUGGGUCAGAGGUGGUAUCUGGAUCACGUUUAUCAUGCAACAUCAUUUAACUUCACAACGAGGGAACAGGCUCCAGUAGUGUGUUUGGAUCUGUCUCCUUCGACUGCUUACACAGUGACUGUCACCCUGCUGGGACCUGCUGAGGAACACACAGUGCAGACAGAGAUCACGACCACACCAGCAGUAAAACAGACCAUCAGUAACAUUUCAGGAUUUAACGAAACCUGCUUGAGGUGGAGAAGCAUGAAGACAGCUGAGGCCGAGGAAAUGUAUUUAUUCCACAUUUGGGGCCAGAGAUGGUAUCAGAGGGACUUUGCCCACGAAAUGAUCUUUAAUAUCACUACCAGCAGCCAGAAUCCUGAGAUAUGCCUGGACCUGAGUCCAGGCACCAACUACAGUGUGAGCCUCCGGGCUUUGUCCUCGGCGCUUCCUGUGGUCAUCUCCCUGACAACCCAGAUAACAGAACCUCCUCUUCCUGAAGUAAAAUUUUUGACCGUGCAUGGAAGGCCUCUACCACGUCUCAAGCUGAGGAAAGCCAAGGAGAAAAAUGGACCGAUCAGUUCGUAUCAGGUGUUAGUGCUUCCCCUGGCCCUCCAAAGCACUUUUUCUUGUGACUCUGAAGGGGCUGCCUCAUUCUUUAGCAACACCUCUGAUGCUGAUGGGUAUGUGGCUGCAGAACUACUGGCCAAAGAUGUUCCAGAGGAUGCCCUGGAGAUAUCCAUUGGAGACAGACUAUACUAUGGGAAAUACUAUAACGCACCCUUGAAAAUAGGGAACGAUUACUGCAUUGUAUUACGAAUCACAAGUGAAUGGAAUAAGGUGAAAAGAUACUCCUGUGCAGUGUGGGCUCAGGUGAAAGAUUCAUCACUCAUGCUGCAGCAGAUGGUGGGUGUUGGACUGGGCUCCGUGGCCGUUGUGAUCGUUCUCACAUUCCUCUCCUUCUCAGCCAUGUGGUAUCAGAUGGGCGCUAUGUGGGAAAGAUACACCCCCUCUGGGACAGACCUACUGACAGCUUCUGAGGUGCCUGCACAGAGACCCCCUUCAUCCAGGGGGUGCAUGUGGGCCUCCAACUUUUCUCCUUCCCAGCUUGGCCCCAUUCCUGGAUUCAAGAUGGUGACUGUCCCACUGGAGUCCCUGAAAGUGAGAAAACUCAGGAAUUGCUGACAUCUUCCCUGCUACAGGACCAGUUCCACAUCUAUGAACCUGAGACCCUGGAUGUACAAUGUGGUAUUGACCACAGGCUACAGAUCUCUUGAGUCUGGGCUGGGACUUCCCCUGAGUGAUGUCUUGUAGACAUGGAAUGCAGGAGUCUGCAUUUUCCAUAGCAUGUUAAUUAAUUCAGAGUCCAAUCUUUUACAGUAUACAAGGAGAUGGACUUAAGUUUGAGCUAGAGUUUGCCUUCAUGGAGGAGGCCAUUGAAAAUGAUAGAGAACAGUGACUUGGGCCAACAUUGCAUGUAGCCCUUUUCCUGCAGUUAGUUGGUAUACUAACUAGAAGAUAUACCAGCCCAGCUACACCAGUAAGUUCCCUGUUACAGCUGUUAGGCAGUAUUGUUUUGAUAUAAUUCCCAUUGUCCUACAUAUUCAAAUUAAUUGUCUGCAUUCUGGUAAAAAUAUGCUGUAAUUAAGAUGUUCUUCCCUUGGUUAAUUUUUUAUUACUGAGCAUCUCCUAAAAGUGCUCUGUGUCUUCCUUUAGAAAUUGGAAUUCCAUGGGAGUGUAGUAACAGUGGGUUAAACGGUAUUGAGCCCAUAAUCACCUAACCCUGGCUGCUGGUUACAACAUCCUGAACCAUGAAACAUCAGAGGUCAGCAGGACUGGUCUGCCAUCCACAUGCUGCUAAGUGUACAGAUGGAGUGUGUUAGAUUGGACUUCUAUAGCCUGAAUCAGUAUUUCUAACUUUCCUCUCUGACAGUUUAACCCCAAGGCUUGUGGCAUCCUUCUUUCUUCUUCACUUGCUCACUAGGCUUAGAGAAGAAAAGCCAUAGGGUAGGAGAGAGGAGGACAGUUAACACUGUGCAACCUCAGGGUACAGCAAAAAUGAACCAGUCCUGAGAAAAAGGACACUCUUUGCAAUGCAGUGGGCGGGCAUGGUCUGCGCUGGCCCACUGGGUAUUGGUGGGGAUGAAUCUGAGUAGCCUGGGCAUGUGGGCAGAUGAGGAAACAAUAGGAACAGGUGGAAACUGCCCAUGAAGCUGCUCCACCCUGGGAUGGGGGAGCCAGAGUAUACGUACUCAAUUGGGAAGAGUUGGUGGGAGGGUGGGUAAUAUCCUGACACUUGAGUGUUCAAUGCCAGCUGUCCGCCCGGCCCCUCCCUGUAUUAGACAACAUCAGGAAUGAUUGACCUAUGCCUUCUGAGGUGCUACCCUCAGACUAACCUAUUAUCAACCUUUAAAACCCUUCCUGCUCUCAAUAGACUAAUACAAACUGCUCUCAAUUUUUACGUGCAACAAUUCGAACUCAUACUAUUUGCAUGGCUCCGGAACUAGAUUAGGAAUCAUUAAAUUAUUGUGUUUUGUAUAGGGCAGGGCCUCUGAUAAGUAAGGAUUUUCCCUAAAAGCCCAUCUUUGUCAAAAGAGAAUCUGAGCCUCCUCUUAUUUUAUUUUUACCAGUUCUGUAAAUGCCACACAUUACAAUAGCUGCCCCCACCCCCACCAAUUUCCAGCUCUAGAAUGCAGUUAGUUGUCUACAUGGAAUGUAGCAUAAUUGUCAUAAAAAGGAGGAAAUCCCGUUUGCUCAGUGUCAAAAGUUUCUGGUGAAAAUAACUGACUAAACAUUAAAAUAUCAACCUCUGGGUACAGUGCAGAAAAGUAAAAGUCGUUCAUAUAAAAUUAUUAAAAAUGCCAAAAAUGUUGACUUUGUUAUUUCUUCCAGCUAUUCCAAAUGGUUCAGUGUUAAUACUUGAAAUGGGGCCAGGCUAGUGGCCCCACACUUCAGGUAUUGAACUAGCCUCACUGGGCUGUGAGUCUAGUUUUCCUUCCUGACAUUUGGCAGCCCUUGAGCUAGCUCCUGAGCUAAUCUUUGAAUAGCCUUUUGAUUCCUGAGAAAGCCAGACCUUUACAUUUUAUAUACAGGUACAUAUACAAACUAUUGCUUUUAUUACAGCACACGUGUCUUCUUAUGUGUAUCUUUUCACUGUAAAGGACCUCUACCAAUCCCUUCUAGAAAGAGUCGUGAAUAAUCAAACCAACAGAUGGAGGUUUAUUAUGGGAAAUCGGUGAUCGUCUAUUCUCUGACCCAAGACGUAAAAUCGAAGCCGGGUGCUUACGAUAAGACCAGAGCAGAAGUUAUUAUCUUGAAAUUUUACAUCAGCUUAGAAUAAAGUUAAUGUUUAAAUUGAUUCUGAAGGAAGUAAAAAAGAAUUCUCAGCACUCCCUGUUUAUUGCUAAUCUCACAUUCUGAUUUUAUAAAACUUCCAGUUAUACAUUCUCUUCUUCUAAGAGAAAACUAGGGUCAGCAGUCAAUCAAAUAGUGUUGUAAGGACCUACCGCAGCCAUUUUUGGUUAAACCCAAGUCCUUGCUUCCGGAGAGCAAGGAGGGUUUGGCCUUUUCUGUGGCCCAUUGUGUUGGGUGGUGAUACAGUGGUCCAAGUCAAUUUGAAAAGCAGUGGGUGCUCUUGUUUCAGAGAGUGAAUCAUUUUGGUGGGAUAGGUGGGUGUGUAAGCCUGUCUAUAUCAAAAGGUAUGUGUGUACCUUUUGAGCAAAACUCAGGGGUACCAAAUAGGGGUCAAACUGUACAUUUGGUUUUGUAACAAGAUUCUCUGACUCAUCAACAUUUCCUGGAUACAUUUUUUUCAUGUCAAUAAUGACUGCCUUAUAAGUUUGUACCAUAAUUUAUUUAAAAAAAAAUUCUGUUGUGCAUUGUGCAUUUAGAGUGUUUCUAGAUGCUUACCAUUCUUAUACAAGUCUGUAUAAAUGUAUGCAAUUAUCACUUAUGCUAAAGUCCUGAAGUAAAAUUGUUGGAAUGGAACUGUAUACAUUUUAUAUAGUACUACAUAUUGCCCGAGGAGUUUCACACAAAAGGUUAUAGAACUUUUCACCAGUAGGAAGCCUUGCCACCAUUAACUACAUUGUUGAUAUUGUUAAUCUUUAUUAAUUUGUUAGGUUAAUUAACAAUUAAUAAUUGUUAAUUAAUUAACUAAUCUCUAUUAAUUAAGAAUUAUGUUGCAAUGUUUUGUUUUGUUCUCCAUGUUGAUCGGGUGUUUGUAAAUCUGUCUUUGUGAAUUGCCAUUUUUCUCAGCACUUGGCCUGUUUGCCUUUUAUUGGUUUGAAAAAGCUCUUUAUAGGGCCGCACCUUUGGCUCAGUGAGUAGGGCGCUGGCCCCACAAACGGAGGGUGGCGGAUUCAAACCCGACCCCGGCCAAACUGCAAUAAAAAAAAUAGCCGGGCGUUGUGGCGGG